GUGCUGACGUAGGGCGGCGCCUGUGAUGGCGGACAGUGGCGCUGGAGACUCACCGAGAGAGAGCGCGUCAGGCAGCAGCAACAGUAGAAGUGCUGGUGAGUCGUUGUCGGUGCUCACACUGCAGCCGUUUGUCCCGGCGCCCAGGAAUCUCCGGGCCCGCGUUGUACACAAUCUCCGCCCGGUGUAAUAUGUUGGGGAGGGAGCCCCUGGAGCACGACAGCAGCGGGGACGAGCCGGGAGACUACGGUGAUAUUUAACAGGAACGCCACUCAGACCGCAGCCAGAGGGACGCGGCCAGCAUGAAGUUCGCCGAGCAUCUAUCCGCCCACAUCACCCCCGAGUGGAGGAAGCAGUACAUCCAGUAUGAGGCUUUCAAAGAGAUGCUCUAUGCAGCCCAGGAUCAGGCUCCCUCCACUGAAGUUACCGAUGAAGACACUGUAAAGCGAUACUACGCCAAAGUCGAAGAAAGGUUUUUCCAGGCCUGCGAGAAAGAGCUGGCAAAGAUCAAUACCUUCUAUUCAGAAAAGCUUGCUGAAGCCCAGCGCCGCUUCGCCACCCUCCAGAAUGAACUGCAGUCGGCGCAGAGAGAGGGCACCAGUGUGCCUGGGCUCCGCCGGCGCCGCAAAACCGUCUUUCCCCUUUCCCACGAGGAGAGGGUCAAGUCCCGUAACAUCAAGGACCUGCAGCUGGCCUUCAGCGAGUUCUACCUCAGUCUUAUCCUUCUGCAGAACUAUCAGAAUCUUAACUUCACUGGCUUCCGCAAGAUCCUCAAGAAGCACGACAAGAUCCUGGAAACGUCCCGAGGGGCCGACUGGCGUGUGGCCCAUGUGGAGACGGCCCCCUUCUACAUCUGCAAGAAGAUCAACCUGCUGAUCACAGAGACGGAGACGUUGGUCACAACAGAGCUGGAAGGGGGAGACCGGCAGAAGGCCAUGAAAAGACUGAGAGUGCCUCCACUUGGAGCAGCUCAGCCAGCUCCAGCUUGGACCACCUUCAGAGUUGGACUGUUCUGCGGCGUGUUCAUUGUCCUGACAGCUACGGUCAUUCUCACAGCCGUGGCCCUGAAAAAAAGCGGCAAUGUGUGGCCCCUCGUACGGAUUUAUCGCGGUGGAUUCCUGCUGAUAGAGUUCCUCUUUUUGCUGGGCAUCAACACGUACGGCUGGCAGGCGGGCGUCAACCAUGUCCUGAUUUUUGAGCUAAACCCACGCAACAAUCUGUCCCACCAGCACCUUUUUGAGAUUGCUGGUUUCCUCGGAGUCCUGUGGUGCCUGAGUAUCCUGUCCUGCCUCUAUGGACCCACCUUCAUGGUACCAAUGCAGGUCAACCCUCUCAUCCUUUAUGGAUUCAUGUUCCUUUUCCUGAUCAACCCAACCAAGACUUUCUACUACAAGUCCCGUUUCUGGCUGCUGAAGAUAUUGUUUCGUCUCUGCACCGCUCCAUUCCACAAAGUGGAGUUUGCCGAUUUCUGGCUGGCUGACCAACUCAACAGUAUGGUGACCGUCCUGAUGGACCUGGAGUACAUGAUCUGCUUCUACAGCUUUGAGCUUCAGUGGAGCGAGACCAACGGCCUCCUGCCGGGCAAGAUUGAAAUCGCCUUUCUUAACCUGACCACACCUGAACCUUCGGCAGUGCGGAUCAGUGGAUCAUCUGGCACCAAUAGAGAGAAGUGCCAAGCCGAUGUGACCUUGGUGUGGAGCUGA